AUGAUAUCAUUAGAGAAGCAGCACCACGAGGUCGCCAGAGAAUUCCACAAUGGGAAUUUCGUGGUUCAUAAAACUGACAGGAAGUUCUCCGCAAUGGCAAUCGACCAAGCCCAUGAACAAAACAAUGCCGUCAUCAAAGUGGAUGGGGAAGCUGUUAGUCUGACAGAGGAUCCAUCAGCUCUUCGGAGAGGGAUGGUGGCUGGUCCAGAAAUUAGCAAAUUCGUUGUUGACUAUGAUGCCGUAUCAGGAAGAAAAGAGGCGAAGAAAGGAAGUCAUCACCAUGAGCAGUCGCCAACUGCUCAGAAGGCAUUCUUUGAAAAGGUUCAUCGGCUUACAAGUGUGAUAGAAGAAAUGGGCAAUCCAUUUUCGGAGGAGUCCACUGAUCUACUGUCGCUUGACACUAAGGACAUUGCUGAUCCUACAGCAGCUGGAGAAAGGGAAAGAGCAAUUCCAAACAUUCAUGGAUAA